AUGCAUUGGAACAGCAUUGCUGGGUUCUGUGAUGCAGAAACCAUUAAUGACAUCCAAAAAGCAUGGCUCAGUUGCCUUUUUAAUUUCCUGCUGUCAAACAUCUGCUGUAUCACCUUGCCUCCUCUAAUUCCUGGAAAAACUUGCUUUGUGAACGUGCUUUCUCCUCAGUUCUCUCCUCUGCUCUGGAAAAGGCUGCUGUGCCUUAGAAUAGUCAUUGAAUAUCACCAGAUUGAAGACAAAGGCUCCACUGGUUUUAUUGGCCAAAAUAAAGCACUUCCUAGUACUGUUAUGUUGGAUGCUCCAAGUUUUGGGAAACUAAGGUUAUCUUUGGAAGAAAACCAGUUGGAGAAAAAAAUGAAGUUCCUUCUCUUCACACUUUUUGGCAUUGUUCAAUUUUUAUCCCUGGCCUCUGGGAAAUCUAUACCCAAGAAUAAAGUCUCUCAUAAAUCCUUGAAAGAAAUGAAAGAAGAAAUAGCUGGCUAUGAAGAUGUUGCUGAAUCACUGAUCAAUCUUGCUGUGUAUGGGAAAGCCAAAAACCGGUCCUAUGAGAGAUUGUCAUUUUUUAUUGAUACGGUUGGACCCCGGCUGAGUGGUUCCAAGAACCUAGAUAGAGCCAUCGAAAUCAUGUACAAAAACCUACAGCAGAAUGGGCUGGACAGUGUGCACCUAGAGCCCGUCAAAAUACCCCACUGGGAGAGGGGGGAAGAAUCUGCAGUGAUGCUAGUACCACGACUUCACAAAAUGGCUAUUUUGGGUCUUGGAAGCAGUAUAGGAACGCCACCUGAAGGUAUUACAGCAGAAGUUUUGGUGGUGACUUCUUUUGAUGAGCUUCAGAGAAGGUCCCCAGAAGCAAAGGGGAAGAUUGUUGUUUUUAACCAACCUUUCAUCAGCUAUGCCAUAACUGUGCAAUACCGAAUCCACGGGGCGGUGGAAGCUGCCAAAGUGGGGGCUUUGGCCUCCCUCAUUCGAUCAGUGGCUUCCUUCUCCGUCUACAGUCCUCACACAGGGAAUCAAGAAUACCAGGACGACGUGCCCAAGAUCCCCACCGCCUGUAUCACAGUGGAAGACGCCGAAAUGUUAACAAGAUUGGCUUCCUAUGGAAAAACAAUUGUCAUUCAGCUGAAGAUGGGAGCAAAGACCUACCCAGAUACGGUUUCAUUCAAUACUGUAGCAGAGAUCACUGGGGACAAGUACCCAGACCAGAUUAGCAGUGCCUUUGGAAACGGCUUUAAUGUUGAUGCUGUCAAGACCCUUGUUGAAGGAGUAAACAAAGUGAUUGACCUGGUGGACAAAUUCAUUCCAUGCAUAAUUGAAUAG